CGCGGCUUAGGCGCAAGCGUGAUGCUGCCGGGAGGCCAGCGUGGGACUCCUGUGCCGGCAGUGCGCGCGUCACUCGGGUUCCUGGUGCCGCGCUGCUGGGUGCUGGUGUCGUCGACUUCGGCCAAGGGGUCCUUGAGGCAGCGGGACACAGGCGACCAGCGGAAGGACGCCGCCACAUCAGCCCCUCCCCGUUCCUUCCCGACUCCUCGAUAGCGGAGAGGCGCUCUGAGCCCCCGGCUCAGAUCACCGCUGCCCCUCUAGCCAGCGGACCUCAGUUUCUCUGUCCGCGCCGGGGGCUUGGGGGUACCUGGAGUCAUUUUCGAGAGAUUUUCGCUUUCACAGGAGGGUGUUCCAACGCCCAGCCUCGCUCACUGCCGCCGAUCUUGUUCUAGGUGGCCUUUGGACUUUUUCACCCUCGGAGGAAGGUCUCUGGUCGCAAAUUCAUGGACCCUCUUUCCUGGCGCCUGGUCUAACCGCAGAUUGCCUCGGAUGGUGGCCUGCAUCUGACAGUCCCAUCAGCUCUUCUGAGACUACAGCUGUCAGCUCCCCUGACCCUCAGCACUUGCCUGGAACACCUGGGUUUGCCACUUCUCUUCAGCCCACCUCUGGCUUGUUGUAUCCUGUGUACCACUUCUUUAUCUCCUCCCCCAUCUUUUUCUCCCUUUUCCCUUUUCUCGUCCCUCUUCCCAGGAUUCUCAUAGUUGCUACCAUAACCUUCUGUCCCAGUAUGGCACGUGGCCUGCUUUGUCAACCGGGUCCUCAAAAUCCCAUCUGGUCCUCAACCAGUUUCGACAGUGAGCACCCUUGGCAGCAGAUGAACUGGGCUUCUCCUAGGGUUGUAUAUAUCCCCCUAGUAGAUCCCUGAACUGAGCAGCCUUGCUGUGAGGACCCUCUGUGCAUGCACAUGAUUAUGGAACAGAAGAACACAGCAAGAAUUAUUCCCAGCGGUUAUUGCGUUCCACCCACCAUGGCGGCCGUGCUGCCCCCACCACCAGACCCAAAGUUUGUCCUUCGAGGUACCCAGUCGGCGGUGCAUGCACUUCAUUUCUGUGGAGAAGCCGCAGUGCAGGGGCACCCACUCCUCCUCUCAGGGUCCCAGAGUGGGCUGGUGCAUAUCUGGAGCCUGCAGACACGGAGAGUGGUCACCACCCUAGACGGUCAUAGGGGCCAGUGUGUGACCUGGUUGCAGACGCUGCCCCAAGGGCAACAGCUCAUCAGUCAGGGGCGGGACCUUAAGCUGUGCCUGUGGGACCUGGCAGAGGGCAGGAAUACUGUCAUGGAUUUUGUGUGCCUGGAGAACAUGGGCUUCUGCAGGGGCUCCAUCCUGGCUGAGGACCAGCAGCGCUGGACAUUGGCUGUGCCAGGGAAAGGCACCGAUGAGGUUCAGAUUCUGGAGAUGCCAUCCAAAACGUCAGUGUGCACCCUGAAGCCGGAGGCAGAUGCCAAGCCAGGCAUGCCCAUGUGCCUGGAGCUGUGGCAGGCCAACUCCAGCCUGCGCCCCUUCCUCCUGGUUGGCUAUGAGGAUGGAUCGGUGGCUCUGUGGGACAUCUCCGAGCGAAAGAUCUGCAGCCGUGUCACCUGCCACACAGAACCUAUUAUGAGCCUUGACUUUGAUUCUCGGAAGGCCAGGGGCGUCUCAGGCUCCGCCGAGAAGGCGUUGGCUGUCUGGAGCCUGGAUGAGCAGCAGGCCCUGCAGGUGUGCCGAACUCACAACAUUACCAAUCCUGGGAUUGCUGACAUCAAGAUCCGGCCAGACCGCAAAAUCUUGGCCACUGCAGGCUGGGACCACCGUGUCCGUGUGUUUCAGUGGAAGACGAUGAAGCCGCUGGCAGUGCUGGCCCUCCACAGUGCUACUGUCCAUUGUGUGGCCUUUGCUGCAAAUGGCUUGUUGGCUGCAGGGUCUGGGGAUCAGCGCAUCAGUGUCUGGUCACUCUAUUCUAGCGCGUGACUUGGGAAGCUCAGGGACAGGAGGCAAGCACCUGCCCCUCUGCCUGACCUGGAAGGUGGGAACCCUGUCUGCAGACCCCUGAGGACAGCAUGCCACGGGGUCUCCUUCUUCAGUAUAUGAAGAGCCUACUCUAUGGAAUCCUUGAUUUCUUGUGAGGCUGUGUUUCCUUAUGUGAAACACUGUACUUAUAAGACAGUGUCUGUAGUUUUCAAAGAGUAACUGAGCCAGACACCUGGUAUCUGUGACCCAGGUAAGAGGCCCACCUGGAGGUGCCUUACAAUAAAUUUCUGCUUGCAAACUCAUGGCG